AGAGGAAAAAGAAAAAAGAAAAGUCAACUGUGAAGGGAGCUCUUGUAGAUCUGAAUGCAUUGAAUCAUAAUUUUAGUGUUCCAGAACCGCGAAGACCGAUCAAAAUAACAACGGAAGAGUCAGUAACGACGCCUAUUGGUCUCACUUUCACUAUUAAACCCUCAAAAAAAAGUUUAAAAUCGAAAUCGAAAUCGAAAUCAAUAACCCUUUCAAAACAUCGAAUAACGCACAAAGGCGCUUACGUAUUUACAAGAUUCGAAUUUUACUACUUCGGGAAAAUUGCAGCCAUUUUCUCGAGAAAAUCGGUUCAUCACUUUUGAACUUUUUUAUGAUGAAUUUAUCAAAAAUUGGAGCUUUAUUAAUACUAAUAGUAAUAGUCUCGGUUCAAUCUGGCGAUUCAAAAAGAUUGCAGAAAACUGAUAAGGCUUAUGUAACGCUAUUGUACGGGGAUGAAUUCUUGCUGGGAGUUAGGGUUUUGGGGAAGUCAAUUAAGGACACUGGAUCAAAGAAGGAUAGGGUUGUUUUAGUCUCCGAUGGUGUCUCCGAUUACGCCAUGAAGCUUCUUGAGGCUGAUGGAUGGAUAGUGGAGAAGAUUACUUUAUUGGCGAACCCUAAUCAAGCGCGGCCAAAAAGGUUCUGGGGUGUAUAUACAAAGCUUAAGAUCUUUAAUAUGACCAACUACAGGAAAGUUGUAUUUCUUGAUGCGGAUACUAUUGUGGUUAGAAGUAUUGAGGAUCUCUUUAAAUGUGGAAAGUUUUGUGCUAACCUGAAGCAUUCAGAGAGGUUCAAUUCAGGAGUCAUGGUACUGGAACCAUCUCAAUCUGUUUUCAAUGACAUGAUGAGCAAAGUGAACACUUUGCAUUCUUAUACUGGAGGAGAUCAGGGAUUUCUGAACUCAUAUUACCCUGACUUUCCCAAUGCACAUGUUUUUCAACCUAAUUUGCCCCAGGAAGAUUUGGAUUCGAGAUCAAUACCUGCUAUGGAGCGACUCUCUACUCUAUAUAAUGCAGAUGUUGGUCUCUACAUGCUUGCUAACAAGUGGAUGGUUAAUGAGACCGAGCUCCAUGUCAUUCACUAUACACUAGGCCCCCUUAAACCUUGGGACUGGUGGACAUCUUGGCUAUUAAAACCUGUUGAUGUCUGGCAGAAUGUCCGGGAACAGCUGGAGGAAUCCCUUCCUGGAACUGGAGGGGGCAAAAAUCCUAAUAAUGAACUGCUCGUGAAAUUUCUUUUCAUCUUACCACUAGUUGCUGUACUCUUCUUUUACUAUCGAUCAUUUGUUCAGACACGGGCAUUUUGCAGAAAUUCAUUAUUUGAUCAUAUGAGACACUUCUACUACACAAUUAGAUCUAAUGGAUAUGCUGGUGUUUCUUCUUCAUCUACCUUCAACUCAGCCAAUCAUUUUGCUAAUGGUGCACAAUCAAAGGUGCCUGCUUAUUUGGGCGGACUUUCCAUCUUUGUGUGUUUUAUGGCUGCUCUCAUGUCCAUUGCAUUUAGUCUUGCAAUUGUCCCUCGGCAAGUGAUGCCAUGGACUGGUAUGCUCUUAAUGUAUGAAUGGACAUUCACAAUCUUCUUCGUUUUAUUUGGAGGUUAUCUCCAUUUGGCCCAUCUAUGGGGAAAGAUGACGGCAACUCAAGUAUUUAUUUCCUCCAAUCCUGAAUCUUCUGAUCAUGAAUCUGGAAAAGGUCAUCAACGGCAAGGAUCAUUAUGUGAUGUUGGUACUUGGUAUUAUGGGCUAGGAAUGGCAUUUUUGGCUAUUGCAACCCCAUCUUUACCAUGUAUUUUUGGGAUUACUGCUCUGUUUAUGAGGUUAGGCUUGGUGGUUGCAGGAGGUAUUGUUUUAGCAUCUUUCAUGACAUAUGCUUCUGAACACCUUGCAAUAAGAGCAUUUUUGAAAGGUUUCGAAGAUUGGGACACAACACGAGCAAGGAGCAUACGUGUAUGAUGUUGGUGAUGUAUGCAGGUGUAUUUUAUACUGUCCAAUAUUCAAUUAAUUGAGAUUGAUUUUAUAAUUGUCAGAAUAGAGAAAUGCCUUUCUUCACAGGGAUUCUGUUGUAAUAUUCUUUGAGGAAUAGUUUAAUCAUAGUUUUAACAUGCUUAUUCAGUUUUGAA